GUUGUGAAUGUUCUGUGGAAACAGUCUGCACUCUCGAUAGUUGUUUACGGAAACGGCUAUCGGACUCUGUUUGAGGUCAUAUAAGUUGUCAGUCAGUGUUAGUAAACACCUGUGUCCACGCAACCCCCCAACGAAAGCGCUCAAGUUAGCAGAUGGUAAUAGUAAGCUCAGUUAGCUAAGCUAACUACCUAGCCUGAAGCAUGCCCAAUUUUUGCGCGGCCCCGAACUGUACACGGAAGAGCACACAGUCAGAUUUGGCUUUUUUUAGGUUUCCACGGGACCCAGAGAGAUGCAGAAUCUGGGUAGAGAACUGCCGCAGGGCAGAUCUAGAGGCAAAAACAUCAGAUCAGUUGAACAAGCACUACCGAUUAUGUGCCAAACACUUCGACCCGGCUAUGGUGUGCAAAACAAGCCCUUAUAGGACUGUAUUGAAGGAUACAGCCAUUCCAACUAUAUUUGAUCUGACAAGCCAUCUAAGGAAUCCUCAUACCAGACAUCGCAAGCGGAUUAAAGAACUUACUGAAGAAGACCUAAGGAAGAUCAAAGAAAGGAGAUUGGCAUCUUCUAUUGAACAGCUAAACUCCAAAAAAGAUGCAGCAGUUGAGGACAGCGCAAGCACAAAUGAGGAUGAACCUCAGCUGUCCACAGAGGAGAAGGCAUUUCGUGAAUACCUGAGAUCCUUGUUUGAGGUUUUGGUCAUGUUGGGAAAACAGAGUAUCCCAUUAGUGGCUGAAAAAGCAUCUGAAGCUGAACACGUGUCCAACAACUUCCAGGCUCUUCUAGACUACCGCAUGAAUGCUGGAGACGAGGCUUUGAAGAAGCGGUUUGAGGCGACAGCUGUUAACACAGAAUACCUCUCUGCAACCCAGCAGAGCCAGCUCCUGGACGUCUGUGAGAACACAGUGAGGGAAGAGAUGCUGAUGGAGGUGAGAGAGAGUCGCUUCUUCUCCCUAGUGACCGGCGACCUUGUUGAAUUUGCCAACGAGAAACACCUGCCUCUAUUUUUGCGCUUUGUAAAUCAGCAGAACGUCCUUCGAGAGGAGUUUUUGGACUUUAUGGCGUUUGAUGGCGAUGAGUCUGCCCUGGUAGAGAGGCUGGAGGCCCAGCUGACCGACCGUUGGGGGCUCAGCAUGGAGGACUGCCGUGGUCAGGCCCACAAGGCCACUGGCACCUCUACCACCAAAAUGAAAGCUGUGGCAGUAUUAUUGAUGGAGAAAUAUCCCCUGGCGUUGCACAUGCCUUGCUCUCAUAUUGCACUGAACCUCCACCUGGCAAACAGUCUGCCUUUUCCUAAUGUCCAGGUCGUCAUGGAGAUUCUGAGGAGGAUUGGUGCUUUCUUUAGAACCCCGUUUACGCAGGGUGCGCUAGAAAAAGCCAUCUCUACUCACUACCAGAAGAAUGAAGAGAAAGGAACUGCGCUGAUACAGGCCUGUAGGUUAGGAUGGACAGAGCAGCACAAUGUAUUUGACGUGCUGCUAGACAUGUUGCCGCCCCUGCUGCUGUGCAUGGACAGCAUCCGGGACAACGAAGAUGGAAAGUUUGCUGAUACUGUCACAGCGGACGCAUAUUCCAUCACAGAAACUCUGGCUGAUUUCGAGAUCAUUGUCACCGUCAUCAUCUUGAAGAACGUUCUCACAUUCACCAGAGCCUUCGGGAGGAAUCUCCAAGGGGAAACUCUCGACGUGUUUUUUGCUGCCAACAGCCUAACUGCUGUCCUGCAUUCGCUAAACGAGGUCAAUGACAACAUUGACGUCUACCACGAGUUCUGGUACGAGGAGGCUGUGAGCGUGGCCAAUGUAAUGGAGAUUCCCGUCAAGAUCCCGAGGCUGUUUCUUCGGAAACAGCGCGCAGCCGACAUGGGCGAAAUCCAAGCAGAGGUGUAUUUUAAGGAGUACGUGACUAUCCCCAUUAUCCAGGGAAUCAUGCAGGAGGUGGGGGACAUGUUCUCUGAGACCAACCUCAAAGCUCUCAAAUGCCUGUCACUGGUCCCAGCUGUCAUGGGCCAGAUGAAGUUCAACACCACCGAGGAGAACUACGCAGAUGUUUACCGCAACGACCUCCCCAACCCAGACACACUUCCCGCAGAGCUACACUGCUGGAGGAUCAAGUGGAAGCACAGGGGCAAAGAGGUGCGCCUGCCCACCACCAUCCACGAAACCCUUCAGCUGCCAGACGUCAAGUUCUUUCCCAACGUGAACUCCUUCCUCAAGGUGCUCUCCACCUUGCCAGUGCUGAAAUUAGAGGACAACAAAAGCGACACCGCAAGUACACGGCUGCAGGCCUAUCUUGACGGCAUGCCCGCCAAGCAGUGGAACAAAAGUCUCGCGAUGCUUAACGUUAACACUCACGUCAAACACGACUUGGAUGUUAUGGUUGACAAAUACUGCAGACUCUAUCCAGAGGAUGAUCCUGAAGCUGAAGCUGAAGCUGAGGCUGAGGCUGAGGCCGAGGCUGAGGCCGAGGCCGAGGCCGAGGAAGUGGCUGAGGAAGUGGCUGAGGAAGUGGCUGAGGAAGAUGCUGCGACGAAAUGAUAAUGACAAAGACACUGAGCUAAGCUGUUCGGGACAAAAAUGAAUGAACAGAUAUGCUGUCAGUCAUUAACACACUCUCCUCUGGUCACUCAUUCAUGUUUUUGUACACCUUGAUGUGAAGUACAAAUUUUACUGCAGAUGUAAUGGAUGCCAUUUGUAUUCAGUCCCGGAGGUCCCCAAGAAAAAAUACAUUUGUUCUUAAUGUUGUAUUUAAAUGCUUAAUCUUGCAUUGUAAAUAAGCAAAUCUGGUAGGAGGAAAACAUUGAAAUAAAUACUCACCGAAGGCUCAAUAAAAAUCGUAACACCACAAAAUGUCUAGAAAUAUAAGGCAGGUGGGCAUGAUCUGUAAAUAUUGGAUGUUUUGAGUCUUUGUCAGGCUGUUUCCUUAGACCAGCCUCCUUUGUAAUUAUACAGUGAUCUUAAUGAAAGUAUUUUCUAACCUUUUUUUUUUCUUCAUUGUUUUAUUUGCUAAAUAUGGUGGAUGUGGAUUAUUCUGCACAAAUGAACUGCCGUACACAGCUAAUUUAUUGCUUUCUUUAUUAUUGGAGGCAAGUGGCCAUGUUGAUCUACAUUACACUGAUUCCUUUCCACUGACUAUGAUGCAGGAAAAGCACAAGAGGGAGCAGUUACACCAACAUUGGCAGUAUUCCUUGAUUCAUGCUCAAUGGGAAGCACUCUUGUUAUAAAUAAGAAGCUUAUGCAGCUAAGUAUUUUGGGUAGUUAAGAUGUUUACCUCUUAUAGGGUGCAUUCUGAUUUAAAUAGUUCUUGAUCAAAUAACUGGCAUUGAACGAGAGGAAUAUAUCCUGAUAUGUUGUGAGAAACAAAAAAACUCCGGAUGUUGCAGUGAUUGUAAGUUAUUGUGAUCGUUAUGGAAACGUGGUUCUCUUUCAGCCAAAAUACUCAUUAACUAGUUUUGAUUUUACAUAAACUUUAACAAUCUUUAUUUUUUUCAGUUUUGUUUAAUAAAAUAAUUUGUGUAUAAUGCAAAA